AUGGCAGUUAUUCCAAGAGCAAUUCCAGUUUUUAUGCUUCUGUUACUCUUCAGCUUCUCUGAAGCCAGAGAGAUCGUGGUUGGAGGCAGUGCGGAUGCAUGGAAGACCCCGUCCUCUCAAUCUGAAUCCCUCAAUAAAUGGGCGGAAAGUUUUCGUUUUCGCGUCGGUGACUCUCUCGUGUGGAAAUAUGACGGCGGGAAAGACUCGGUAUUGCAAGUUAACAAGGAAGAUUAUCUUAGCUGCAAUACUUCUAAACCCAUUGAAGAGUACAAAGAUGGGAACACUAAGGUAAUGCUUGACCGAUCUGGGCCAUUCUACUUCAUCAGCGGGGCGAACGGACACUGCAAGAAGGGUCAGAAGUUGGUUGUGGUGGUCCUUUCUCCAAGACACAGGUACACUGGCAUUUCUCCAGCGCCUUCUCCAGUAGAGUUAGAGGGUCCGGCUGUUGCUCCGACUAGCAGUGCUACAAGGUUGCAGGGUGGUUUGAUGGUUGCACUGUGGGUUUUUGCUUUCGGUUUGUUUUGA